GACAAAGUAUAUAUUUACAUAUUUACAAAAUACAUACCCCCCCGACCCCCGUGUCCAUUCGAGUCGGCACAUAUCAAAUGCGAAUACUGGCGGCAAAUUUAGUUAGAUUAUCUUCUGGGGGUUCCAAUAAGUUGUAAAUAACAUGCUCCAUUAAGUCAACCACGGAUAUAUGUAUGUAUAUUAAUGCCAUGACGAACUAUAGCAUGUUGGUAGCUUUUUCAGGAAUAUAACGGUCUUUAUAUGCAACUGGACUCAACGAUGAGCGUAUCUAAGCCCACGUUUUUAGUGAAGCGACGUCUCUGUUGUUGUGCGCGGUCUUGUUGAGACAGGUUGGAGAGCAUCAGGUUCGACGUACAUUCAAUCCCUCAUCCUUGCAUUUAGUAUUGUAAACUAAGAUAGCCUAAUCUAUACAUACCCUUGCUGCUUUAUUAAACGAAUUUGUAUUCUCACAGUCACAAAUAGAGUUAUGCCUAAAAUCAUGCGCACGCAAAGUGCAAGGUUACCACAUCGUCUACCCUCUCGCAGUCUCUCAGUACCUACUACCAGGAGAAACUUAGAUGUGUACAGUAUAUACUCAACCAGUCGGAAGACAGUCAUCCUGAUAUGUGUCUUCUUGAGUGUUGUAGCAGUGUACUCCACCUACCGGUACAUCCAGAACAAUAUAGCCGAGGGCAACCGGUCUCUCAAGUAUAAACGCGUGCCUGUCGGUCUCGCAUCCUCCAUACACUGCACACUAGUAGAUGAACCCGACAAAUGGACCUCACGCACGUGUGUGUUCACAAACGCACUCAUACACGAAGGCCAGAUCAUAGUAUUCGCACCUGAAGGUACCACAGCCGACUUGAUGGUGCAAGAGUUCAAGCGUCCCACUAGUGGGGUGGGCAGAACCGACUCACUGCCACCCACAGCCAAGGCAACGCCGCUGCACCGGUUUCUAAGGAAACAGGGCAAGAAGAACCGGUUUGUGGUAAACGUAAACGCAGGAUACCCUCCCGACGAAGGCACGUCCAAUCUGAAAAUACACGUGAAACGUUACGGCGACGAUUUACCGGAGUACCCAAACUUUCCUCCAGUGGAUAGCACAGCCGUGAUGUUCAACCCAAAUUGGCCUGAGAAUGUCGGCCACUAUCUGUUCGAUGACAUCUUUGCGUCGUUCGAUGCGGUCGCGAGUGUAGGGCUCAGUCCGUACAGCAUACACCUGGUAAAGCUAGCGAGUUGUCAGGAUAUGUAUCUCGGGUUCUUCAAGGAGAUGUGGAAGGGCAAGAGCCAGUAUAAGCGCUGUCAUAAAUUCUAUAGUAAUUGGACCAACACAUUGGUGGGCACGGAUGUGAUCAUUUCAUCCACCUUAGCACCGCAAACACCGGCAGACAUGGAUUCUGAUCCGAAUGCAGAUAUGCCCGAGGCCUUCACUAAACCCGUGAACGGGGCUAAAGCAUUGUUCUUUAAGAAGGUAGUCGUGGGUAUUUCUAGGACAAACGUGCGAUUGCUCGGCAAUAGGAACGAGUCGUGGAUGAUAUUCAGACACAACGUGCUGCUGAGGCUUGGUUUGCUUAGGUACGACAAGUGGAACCUGAAUCCGGAAGAGAAACGAGAAGUGCUCUCGGACAUGGUGGCCAAAGGGGAGGUGAAGCUGAAGAAAGGGGACGGGAGUGAUAGGCGUACCCUCAUGGUGGUGUUGGAGAAAGUGGAGGGCAAGCAUGCGCGACAGAUACUGAACUAUCAGAAAUGUGUGGAUGCCAUAGCGGGUAUGGACGAAAUAGGCACUCUUGUGACCAUGGCCCCAGCUGGGCAAAGCUUACGAACACAAGUGCUACUAUACGUACUUGCGGAUACCGUGUUCAGUGCACCGGGGGGUAUCACGAUGUUCUCAGGGUUUCUGAGGCGAAAUGCCUUGGCACUGUAUCCGGACCAUUACGACCCUCUCAUCGGGUCCUAUCACUUGGAACCUGUGUGGGAUGAGAUGAGCCAUUUUGUGUACCAGGACAUACCAAUUGAGUGGAAAGACUUGCGAUACCAUGACAUCACCAUGUUCCAGAAGCUAUCCAUGAGUCAGACUGAGGUAGUGAGGGAUUGGACCAAUCUUGUCCUGGAUCUAGAUGUGCUGGAGUCAAAGUUACUCGAAGGACUCGCACAGGCGCGGAUUCGACGCCAGGGGUUCAAGAAGAAGUAGCGGGCAGGUCCGAGCACGCACAUCUGCCAAACCCUGAGGGUGAAUGUAGGGGAGUGUCGCAUGUCGAUUAGUAUAUACCUGUAUAUCAGGUAUUGGCAAUCAGCACCAUACGUGAGUGUACUCAUAGCAUCCCAUUGAACGCCUGCACUCCUUUGACAUGUACCAGUGUUCGAGAUUUAUAGAAGACAAGCCACAGUAUACAGACUUGUAUGACGCAGUGCUGCUCGUCACGUAGGGCAGGGCAUGCCUGAUUCGAUCACGCAACACAGCAUGCGAUUGUGCACACAGUGCCGCUUUAUGCAGUAGCGUCACUCCCAAGGGGUCUGUCAACAAUAUUGGGUCAAAGCACACAUACUGUGGAGCAUGCUAUCACUUCUACAUAGUCGCCAAGCAGAACGCUCAGAUCCUGGUGCAAGUGUCUUGGCGAAGCGGGGAGUGGGCUGUUUCUGUUUGUGGUUCGAGCGGUAUCAGCUUGUGUAUAGAUAUAGCUACACAUCGAGUCUCAACUACGACCGCAUCUUACGAAAGCAUUUCACGGUCGCCACCCAGCGAAGGCUUUGAAUACCUACGCCUUAGGCAACAGGGUAGAUUGGCAUGAUGAACGAAAACAUCCUAUUUCCACGCCACAGAAUCGAAUUGUAAAUCCGCUUGCGCGCAUACGCAGCUAAGCACCACACCGACUUUAAUGUAGUAGGCGUAGCAGCGUUGUUCGUGGCAGUCAAGGUAUCGCAUGAACACUUCAGCAACCUCCUCAGACCCAUGAAUUGCCACACCGUGCUGGCGGACACUGCUGACCAGGUUGUUCUCCCUGGCAUGCUGUUCCUCUUGCACCUUCGUUUUUAAGUGCACCAGCACAAACUCCUGUCACAUCCGCUGACUGCGCUUGGUGAGAAUCUGAUGUCUAGAUGGGCAUCUGUAAACCAGAGCUCGCAUGCGUGCAUUGGCCUGUCUGGCCAUCUGGGAGAGGCCAACGAGAUAGAGAUGUGUCAGCAUGAACAACACAACAGUGUAGUUAUAUUCGUGCAGUGUGUUCCGAGCAGCCGGCUGUCCGCUGUGUACUGUGAGUUAGUAUAUAGUAAUGUCACAGGCACAUUUGCUAGUGUCACGUAGACCAGCGGUUUUGGCCUGCACACGCUUCCUCUAUCUAUACAACCCAUAUCAAUAGGACCAUGUAAGUGCGUAAAAUCAAAAUGCCAUGCGCACUAGGCGAAAACCCUCACACGCACACACUCAUACUGACCACGCAAAAGGGACUCGUAUGAAUACGUUCAGAAUGUUUGUGAGUAUGGGCAGGGUGCGUAAGCGGGUGUUGGGACGGUGUAGUGGGAGCAACCUUGUAGCAGACCCCCCUAUUCUAGCAUUUGAUAUUUGAUGCAGGCAGUAUUGGUGUGCACACGUGUAAGAGCCGCAUAGCCGAAAGUUACAUGGGCCUGGAGGUAGGAGUGUAUAGUCUGAGUUGUUUCUUAGGCGACGUGCUUGUAUGCUCCGAGAGCUUAGGAUGCGUCCAAACUGAUUUUGAUCAUAGCGGGACCCAACUAAACCAUGCUGCGGCGAUGGCUCAAGGGAAAUUACGCAGUAUAGGACGCUGUAGAAGAUAAUUAUUAGUAUAGCUAGAAAC